UCACGAUGAGAUAGCAAUUCUUUAAUCCUCUCCUCAAAGUAAUAAUUUUCAUUCCUUACCAAUCGUUUUCUUCCCCUGGAUAUCAUGGUGCUGUCGGAGGGUUGGUUUAUUAAAAAAGGAGACGAUCUAAUAUGUUCUUUAAAAUCUGCGGGUUCAGAUGAAGAGAGAGACCAAGCUAUUUUUACAUUUAUCGAAUGGAUGGAAACAAGAGAUUCCACAGAUAUUCCAGAACUUGAUUCGAAUCUGGAGUGGCUGAACUGCAAAAAUCCUUUGUUCUUCAGAGAUCAGCUUCUCGGAAAGUUGUGUAUCUUGGAUUUCUUCACCUAUUGCUGCAUAAACUGUAUGCACAUCCUACCCGAUUUGGAGGCAUUGGAACACCUUCAUUCCGAGAAAGAUGGGCUUGUCAUACUUGGUAUACAUUCGGCGAAAUUCGAGAACGAAAAAUCUUCUACAAAUAUUUUAAGUGGAGUGUUACGGUACGAUAUCAGACAUCCCGUGGUGAAUGAUUCCGAGGCAAAGCUGUGGCAUUCUUUGUCUGUGCACUGUUGGCCAACUUUAGUCGUUGUUAGUCCAGAAGGAAAAAUUCUUCUUAGUUUGGUGGGGGAGGGUCACAGAGAUACGCUCUUACAUUUUGUGGGAACAGCCCUGAAAUACUACAAACAGAAAGAUAAAGUAAAAGACCAUUCCAUUGGUAUUUCUCUGGUCAAAGACACUCUUCCGCAGACAAGUCUCUCAUUUCCUGGAAAGGUAUCUAUGGACAAAAGAGGAGAGAGAUUGGUGGUUGCUGACACAGGACACCAUAGGCUCCUUGUAAUAAACAAAGAAGGUAUUAUUUUAAAUGCAAUUGGAGGAGGAGAAAAAUAUGAAGCUGGCUUUGUUGAUGGAUCAUUUCAAGAAGCAAGAUUUCAUUCACCGCAGGGAAUAGCCAUUGAUAAGGAAAAAAUUUAUAUUGCUGAUACAGAGAAUCAUGCCAUACGACAGAUUGAUCUUGAGAAAGGAACAGUCACCACUAUUACUGGCAAUGGAAAGCAAGGAAGUGACAAGGAAGGUGGAAAAUCAGGAAUAUCGCAAAGCAUCAGUUCACCAUGGGAUGUUGUUAUUGGCCCACCACCUGGACCCGACAAUGCAGAGGAUGGAGAUGUUAGAGAUGUUUUGUACAUUGCUAUGGCAGGCACGCACCAAAUAUGGGCAGUGUACCUUCAGGACAGCACGUGGUUAAAAGGGAGUUCUCAAGUAAAAGGAACUUGCCUUCGAUUCGCUGGAAGUGGUGCAGAAGAAAAUCGCAAUAACAGUUAUCCCCACAAAGCAGCUUUUGCACAGCCUUCAGGCAUCAGUCUUGCAAAGGAAAAACCCUUCAGAUGCUUGUUUGUGGCAGAUAGUGAAAGCAGCAGUGUGAGGACAGUUGAUGUGGCUAGUGGUGCCACAAAGGCUCUUGUGGGAGCUGACAGGGAUCCAACAAAUCUUUUUGCAUUUGGUGAUCAUGAUGGUAAAGGUGUUGAUGUCAAGCUGCAGCAUCCUUUGGGAGUGGCUUCGAAUGAGACUUUUGAAAGUACUCCUAUUAAAGUUAUUGACCCAGCGAAAAAGAGUUGUGAAACACUUCUUGGCUCCGGUAAACCAGGCCUGUCUUCUGACCAGGGCGGAGUGCAGUUUGACGAGCCAGGUGGAUUGUGCGUCAGCCCGGAUGGACAAAUGCUGUAUGUAGCAGACACAAACAACCACGCCAUCCGAGUUAUUGACUUAAACACACUCUCAGUGUCACAGCUGAAUAUCGUUGAAGAUUCAGAACGUACAAAAGGCCGUGCAGGCGCCGGCGAAUCAAAUAAAGUGAGUGCGGUGGUAAAACGAUUAACGUCAAAAAGAACACCAAUCAUAAGCAAAGAACCCGUUCACGUGACCGGUGGAUCGUGCCUGGAAGUGAGACUGGGAAUAAGUCUUCCUGAAGGAUGUUACCUGACGAAAGGUGUGACAAGUCCUUGGCAAGUUAUGGUCUAUAAACUACAGGAAGAUAAAGAAGUUAUCCAAGAGCAAUUCGAUGCAGACCCUUCAUCUGGCUCUGUACCCGAAGAUUCUUUUCAAGCACUAUGCAAAGUCCAUGUGCCAGAGGAUGACUGGGAACCACAGACCACUACGCGGAUCGAAGCGGUGAUUUAUUUCUGUGAACCAAGCGGAACAUGUAGAAUGGAGUGCUUGGUGUACGAAGUACCACUGUACAAAACUAGCGGAGAAGGCAAGAAGGAACUUCAGAUAAACCAUAUUUGCAAGCUUUAGCAAUUAAAGAAAAAGUGAACAAAACCUCAAGUUUUAAUCCAGCAAUAGGGGGUCAAACCAAAAAAGUUAAAUUCUCUUCCGUUUAAGCUUGUAUUCCUAAGGUAAUCUGUUCUUUUUUUAAGAGCGAUUCGAGUGAUCAGCUUGCGUACUUGGACAUACGUGGUUCACGAGCUCAUAUCGCUCUCCCUCUUAACGAUGACUUAAGAGACAAAAAAGGUCUGCGAGUAGGCUAUUGGAAAAGCGUCGGAGGCCCUUAGACCUCAGUUAACCCUUUAAUUUCUAAGAGUGAUUAGGGAAAUGAUCACCAACUAAAAGAGCUCUCGAUUGUUAAACAAAUUCUCCAUAACAGCCUAUUAGAGAACGGUGGAAAGGGUGAAACAAUCGAAGUUACAAUGUAUAGAUAUAUAGUUUUGUACUUGUUGCUUUUUGUCUAUGACGAGAUAAACCACUGCCAUUUUAUUGAGGCAAGUCCAAGUUACUGAAAGGUACCUUCUUUCCCGAUAACUGAGUUUUGCUUCGUUUAUUGGACUCCUAGGAAUGAACAUACUCAAUGAUUAUAUUUUCAAGAUAAAUUUUAGGCAUAUCAAAUUUUUGAUAAUGGAGUACUCUUGUUACGUAAGGUUACGUAAGGUAUUUUUUGGUGUCGAUAGAAUUGACAUUAACAAGAAAUAAAAAGAAUUGGGAAAUCUUUUUUUGUGGGAAAAUCAACCCCACAAGUAAUAGGGUCAAUUACUGUUAAUAUUUGAUACGAACAAUACAGUUGGAUUUUUAAUAAAAAUGUAUUUUUGUUACUUAAGGUAUUGAUAAUAGUUCCUUGCUUCUAAUAGGCAAUAACUUCAAAUUAAAUCGCAAGAAUUAGGAAUAAUAUUUCGCGAGCAGCUCACUGCUGUGAGUAGUUGAGUUAAUGGGUGUUUUCGGGUGCGUUAUUCAAGAAAAGUCUCGUUCAUUGAGGUAAAACAAAUGUAUGAACAAUAUUUUUGCGUUCAUAGGAACGGUCUUGCUUGAUAAAAUUGAAAAUAAGGAAUACUGAUGGCAAUAUGUUUCUUGUGAAUUAAACAGAAUACUUUGGUGUUA